CAUGUGCCUGUUUGCUUGGUGUUGUUCUUCUGUGCAAUCACAAAAAAACUUCCAGAGGGCCAGGAGGAUGGACGACAACACAGCACCUAUCACUAAAUCUGGACCUGCCAAGUUAGUUAAGAAACAUUUCCUAGAGGCUUUAAAGUCAAAUGACUUUGGAAAAUUGAAGGCUAUUUUAAUCAAAAGGCAAAUAGAUGUGGACACAGUUUUUGAAGUUGAAGAUGAGAACAUGGUUUUGGCAUCUUAUAAACAAGGUUAUUGGUUGCCUAGUUAUAAAUUAAAGUCUUCCUGGGCCACAGGCUUGCACCUGUCGGUCCUGUUUGGUCACGUGGAAUGCCUUAUGGUGCUCCUGGACCACAAUGCUACAAUCAACUGCAGACCCAACGGGAAGACCCCUCUUCACGUGGCGUGUGAAAUGGCCAACGUGGACUGCGUGAAGGUCCUGUGUGACCGUGGAGCUAAGCUCAACUGCUACUCCCUAAGUGGACACACCGCCCUGCACUUCUGUACAACUCCGAGCUCCAUUCUCUGCGCCAAGCAGUUGGUGUGGCGAGGUGCGAACGUGAACAUGAAGACGAACAACCAGGACGAGGAGACGCCCUUGCACACGGCGGCCCACUUCGGGCUCUCGGAGCUGGUGGCCUUCUACGUGGAGCACGGGGCCGUGGUGGACAGCGUGAAUGCCCACAUGGAGACCCCGCUGGCCAUUGCCACCUACUGGGCACUCCGCUUCAAAGAGCAGGAGUACAGCCCGGAGCACCACCUCGUCUGCCGCAUGCUGCUGGACUACAAGGCCGAGGUCAACGCCCGCGACGACGACUUUAAGUCUCCCCUGCACAAGGCGGCCUGGAACUGCGACCACGUGCUCAUGCACAUGAUGCUGGAGGCUGGCGCCGAAGCCAACCUCAUGGAUAUCAAUGGCUGCGCCGCUAUACAGUACGUGCUCAAGGUCACCUCGGUGAGACCUGCCGCCCAGCCUGAGAUCUGCUACCAGCUGCUGCUGAACCACGGCGCUGCCCGAAUAUACCCUCCACAGUUCCAUAAGGUGAUAAAGGCUUGCCAUUCCUAUCCCAAAGCAAUUGAGGUUGUGGUCAAUGCCUACGAACACAUCAGGUGGAACACAAAGUGGAGAAGAGCUAUCCCUGAUGAUGACUUGGAGAGGUACUGGGAUUUUUACCAAUCUCUCUUCAGCGUGUGCUGUAAUUCUCCAAGGACCCUCAUGCAUUUAUCGAGAUGUGCCAUUCGUAAAGUGCUACACAACAGAUGCCACAGAGCAAUUCCUUUGCUUUCCCUCCCAUUGUCAUUGAAAAAGUACUUGCUUUUAGAGCCAGAGGGAAUCAUUUAUUAAGCCUUAUGAGACAGCAGUUUCCAGUCCUAGAUAUUUAAGUGGACUCGCUGGGUAGACACAGUUUGCAUAAAUAAAAUGGUACUUGGGUUGAUUAUAACACUUCAGGGAUUUCAAAACACUUUACAAACACUAUGUCAUUAAUCCUGGAGUAUCCUCGGUGAGAGGAAAUAAACAGGUAAAGGUAAGGAAUUUUCACAGCCGAGAAUGUAUUCAGAAGGUACGAUAUUACAGUAAAAGCUAACCUAGACUGUACUCUUACAAGAUGCUGAUGUAUUUUGUUUAACUUUGCAUAUAUUAUCUCAUCUGAAAGGGGACCCAAUUUUUCAUACAACCAGUCUCAUUCUCUGUCUUAUCAGUAAUAAGUUUACAUUAUUGUUCAGUUUGUAAUAUAGCAAGUUUUAUGAUCAGCUUCUUAAAGUUGGUGUCUUCCCCCAUAAUUAUUUAGCAGUAAUUAACUAUCGCUAGUUUUGUGAAGUCCUACUCCCCAAAUCAAGCUCCUCAACUUGUUUUAGUGAAGCGUACACAUACAUAUAGUCCAAGCAAGAUCUCUGAGUCAAGUUAGAAAUGAAGAAAGACCAAUCCACUUAAUAGUUAGGAAUGGACACUUCACCACACGCAUUCAUUGAGCGAGAAACUGGAGAUAUGGAAAAGAGUCCAACAUGGUUCCUGCCCUCCAGAAUCUCCCCCUUUAGCAGGGGAUCUGGACAUCAGAGCAGGUGAUUGCAAUGCAGAUGACAGGGUAAGGGUACAGUCUGAAGCUCACAGUGCCUACCUUCCAAAGUUGUGCUUCUGACAUGAAGCGUGUGAUUUUUCUUUGAAGAAUGAAAAUACAGAAUGAAAUGAUUGUAAAGAACAGAGGGAUCUCCUGUGAAUGUUAAAAUAAAUCUAUUUAAUUUUUAAAUUUAGCUUCUCCAAAGUUCUAGACAUUGUUUUUUAUUUUUUUCUGGUGC